CUGAUGGACACGAAGUGGGUGACCUCUGAGUUGGCAUGGACAACUCAUCCGGAGACGGGUCUCACCCCCCAAUGGGAAGAAGUCAGCGGUUACGACGAGGCCAUGAACCCCAUCCGCACGUACCAGGUGUGCAACGUGCGGGAGGCCAACCAGAACAACUGGCUUCGCACCAAGUUCAUCCAGCGUCAGGACGUCCAGCGCGUCUACGUGGAGCUGAAGUUUACUGUGCGGGACUGCAACAGCAUCCCCAACAUCCCCGGCUCCUGCAAAGAGACCUUCAACCUCUUCUAUUAUGAGUCGGAUACGGAUUCUGCCUCUGCAAACAGCCCUUUCUGGAUGGAGAACCCCUAUAUCAAAGUGGAUACAAUUGCCCCGGACGAGAGCUUCUCCAAGCUGGAGUCUGGCCGCGUGAACACCAAGGUGCGCAGCUUUGGCCCUCUCUCCAAGAAUGGCUUUUACCUGGCCUUCCAGGACCUGGGAGCCUGCAUGUCCCUCAUCUCCGUCCGGGCUUUCUACAAGAAAUGCUCCAACACUAUUGCUGGCUUUGCUAUCUUCCCGGAGACUUUAACGGGGGCUGAGCCCACCUCUCUGGUCAUCGCGCCGGGCACCUGCAUCCCCAAUGCGGUGGAGGUGUCUGUACCCCUGAAGCUGUACUGCAACGGCGACGGCGAGUGGAUGGUACCCGUGGGAGCCUGUACGUGUGCCGCUGGAUAUGAGCCAACCAUGAAGGAUACCCAGUGCCAAGCGUGUGGCCCAGGAACCUUCAAAUCUAAGCAGGGGGAAGGUCCCUGCUCUCCCUGCCCUCACAACAGCCGGACCACCUCCGGAGCAGCAAUGGUCUGCACGUGUCGAAAUGGCUUUUUCCGGGCGGACACGGACCCCGCAGACAGCGCCUGCACCAGCGUCCCCUCUGCCCCCCGCAGCGUCAUCUCCAACGUGAACGAGACAUCACUGGUGCUGGAGUGGAGCGAGCGGGACGACCUGCUCUACAACGUCAUCUGCAAGAAGUGCAGCGUGGAGCGGCGCCUGUGCACCCGCUGCGACGACAACGUGGAGUUCGUGCCGCGCCAGCUCGGCCUCACCGAGCGUCGCAUCUACAUCAGCAACCUGAUGGCCCACACCCAGUACACCUUCGAGAUCCAGGCGGUGAAUGGCAUCUCUAACAAGAGCCCUUACCCUCCCCAUUUCGCCUCUGUCAACAUCACCACCAACCAGGCAGCCCCGUCUGCCGUGCCUACGAUGCACCUGCACAGCAGCACCGGGAACAGCAUGACGCUGUCGUGGACUCCCCCAGAGAGACCCAACGGCAUCAUUCUUGACUAUGAGAUCAAGUACUCGGAGAAGAGCGAUGGCAUCGCCAACACAGUCACCAGCCAGAAAAACUCAGUACGGCUGGACGGGCUGAAGGCCAAUGCUCGGUACAUGGUGCAGGUCCGGGCGCGGACAGUGGCUGGAUAUGGCCGCUACAGCCUCCCCACGGAGUUUCAGACAACUGCGGAGGACGGCUCCACCAGCAAGACUUUCCAGGAGCUGCCUCUGAUCGUGGGUUCGGCCACUGCGGGGCUGCUAUUCGUCAUCGUUGUGGUUAUCAUCGCUAUCGUCUGCUUCAGGAAGCAACGCAACAACACAGACCCUGAGUACACCGAGAAGCUGCAGCAAUAUGUCACCCCUGGGAUGAAGGUCUAUAUUGACCCUUUCACCUAUGAGGACCCUAAUGAAGCCGUCCGGGAAUUCGCCAAAGAGAUUGACAUUUCCUGCGUCAAAAUCGAGGAGGUCAUUGGAGCAGGGGAAUUCGGCGAGGUGUGCCGCGGGCGCCUGAAGCUGCCCGGCCGCCGCGAGAUCUUUGUGGCCAUCAAGACCAUCAUGGGCCAGUUCGACCACCCCAACAUUAUCCACCUGGAGGGUGUGGUGACUAAGAGCCGCCCCGUCAUGAUCAUCACGGAGUUCAUGGAGAACUGCGCACUCGACUCCUUCCUCCGGCUGAACGAUGGGCAGUUCACGGUCAUCCAGCUGGUGGGGAUGCUGCGAGGCAUCGCCGCUGGCAUGAAGUACCUUUCGGAGAUGAACUACGUGCACCGGGAUCUGGCUGCCCGCAACAUCCUGGUCAACAGCAACUUGGUCUGCAAAGUGUCUGACUUUGGGCUCUCUCGCUUUCUGGAGGAUGACCCGGCCGACCCCACCUAUACCAGCUCCCUGGGGGGCAAGAUCCCGAUCAGAUGGACAGCUCCUGAGGCCAUUGCCUACCGCAAAUUCACUUCAGCCAGUGACGUGUGGAGCUACGGCAUCGUCAUGUGGGAAGUGAUGUCCUAUGGGGAGCGACCCUACUGGGACAUGUCCAACCAGGAUGUGAUCAACGCAGUGGAGCAGGAUUACCGCCUGCCACCCCCCAUGGACUGCCCCACGGCGCUGCACCAGCUGAUGCUGGACUGCUGGGUACGGGACCGCAACCUGCGGCCCAAGUUUGCACAGAUCGUCAACACGCUGGACAAGCUCAUCCGGAAUGCUGCCAGCCUGAAAGUCAUCGCCAGCGUCCAGUCUGGCAUCUCCCAGCCGCUCCUGGACCGCACCGUCCCGGAUUACACCACCUUCACCACCGUGGGAGACUGGCUGGACGCCAUCAAAAUGGGACGGUACAAGGAGAACUUUGUCAAUGCCGGCUUUGCCUCCUUCGACCUGGUGGCGCAGAUGACUGCAGAAGACCUGCUGAGGAUAGGGGUGACGCUAGCAGGGCACCAGAAGAAGAUCCUGAGCAGCAUUCAGGACAUGAGGCUGCAGAUGAACCAGACGCUCCCGGUGCAGGUUUGACCGCAGGGGACUCUGCAUUGGAACGGACUGAGGGAACCUGCCAACCAGGUUCAGUUUGCGGUGCAGCCCGGCUUCCCGUUUCCCCCUUCACACGGCGCUCCUCUGCCUCGGACGGUCGCCUGGGACGGGACGGGAUGGGCCGCCCUUCCCUGGAUCGGAGGCACUCGUGCCGAGAGGGAGCCCAGCUUUUCGUCCCGUGUCCUGGAGCGGCGAGGCAGCAACGCAUCUUCAUAUUGAAGAUAGAUUAUGGGACAGAGAUGGCACAUCCCGCUUCCCGCCCUGUCUCGGUGCUCAUC